AUGGGCAACAAGGGAGGAUCAGAAGCUUGGGCUUUCAUCAAACAAGUGGUAGCAGGACGAUGGUUUAGUGUAUUCGCGGGACUGAUAAUGAUGAUCGGCAACGGCACCACUUACGUGUUUCCAACGUAUUCCAAAGUCAUAAAAACUCAAUUUGAUUACAGCCAAACCCAAAUUAACACAUUGGGAUUCGCCAAAGAUCUCGGGUCGAACAUCGGAAUUAUCGCAGGGCUUCUGGCGGAGGUGACUCCAACGUGGGUUCUCUUCAUAAUUGGGGCAUUUCAAAACUUCACCGGCUUCUUCUUGAUUUGGGUCUCCAUAACUGCCCGGAUCGCCAAGCCAAAAUUCUGGCAAAUGUUCAUUCUGGUUUGCUUCAGUACUAAUUCUUCAAAUUGGGCCAACACUGCCAUUAUGGUGACGAGCGUGAGAAACUUCCCCGACCGACGAGGGAUCAUUUUGGGUCUUCUUAAAGGGUAUGUGGGUAUUGGAGGUGCCAUCAUAAGCCAACUUUAUUUAGCCAUUUACGGCCACAAUGAUCCAUCCAAUCUGGUUUUUCUUUUCGCAUGGCUCCCCUCUCUCCUAAUCCUCAUCCUUUUCCCCUCAAUUCGACCCAUCCGUAUCCGUAAGCAUCCCGAUGAACUCAAAGUGUUUUACCAAUUACUUUACGUCUCAAUUCUUCUGGCCAUUUUCAUCUUGUUUUUAACCAUUGCACAAAAACAAGUGGUUUUCUCUCAAGCUGGGUACGUAGGUGGCGCAUCCUUUGUGGUUUGCUUACUAUGCGUACCCAUUUUAAUCGCAUGUAGAGAAGAGUUGUUGCUCUACAAACUCAACAAGCAAACCGCUGGUCCUUCUAUCCCAGUCUCCAUGCUUCACCAAAACCCUCCUACCCUCGCUACCUCUGCCAGUUCGGAAGUCCCCGAGGUUUCGCCCUCGUGUUGCCAAAACAUAUGGAACAAGCCUGAAAGAGGGGAGGAUUUCACCAUCUUGCAAGCCGUGUUCAGCAAAGAUAUGGCUCUUAUUUGCUUAGCUACAUUUUCUGGAUGUGGGUCCUCUCUAGCCGCUAUAGAUAAUCUAGGUCAAGUUGGGGAAUCACUUGGCUACCCACAACGAGCCAUAGGCAUCCUUGUUUCGUGGGUUUCCAUAUUCAAUUUCUUCGGCCGAGUUUUCUCUGGCUUCAUCUCAGAAACCCUCAUGACCAAAUACAAGUUGCCUCGUCCUCUAACCUUUGCUUUUGCCUUUCUCAUCACUUGCAUUGGCCAGCUUUUCAUCGCCUACCCUUUCCCAGGCUCCGUCUACUUAGCUGCCAUAAUUAUUGGGUUUGGAUUUGGAGCUCAAAAUCCAAUGCUAUUUGCCGUAAUAUCUGAGAUGUUUGGUCUUAAACGUUACUCGACGCUGUUCAAUUGUGGGCAAUUGGCAGCCCCACUUGGGUCUUACAUACUGAACGUGGAUGUUGUCGGGAAGCUGUACGAUAUGGAAGCUUUACGUGAACAUAAACAGAUUGCGGGGAGGGGGUUAACUUGCACUGGAGCUCAUUGCUUUGGUGGGUCUUUCACAAUAUUGGCUGCAGCGACAUUGUUUGGAGCCCUGGUUAUGUUUGUGUUGGCUUACAGGACUCGAGAAUUUUACAAAAGGGAUGUGUAUAAGAACUUUAACGAAGAGAUAUGGAUUCCACAAACUCAAAUGGAGUUCUAUCACUUAGAUAACAAGAAGAGCAUUGAGGAUUAA